AUGGCAUCUUCAGUAGCCUCGGCCUCUCCCAUAAAUAUCCUGAUUGCACUUCCAGCUCGGCCUCCAACUCCUCCUCGUGAAGCUAGUCCCGAAGUCGACGUCUCUCUCAAGUCAGUCGUCUUGGGGCGAGCCUCAGCCUUUGACCCAACAUCGAGUCUUCAUACUCCGCCAAACGCCCAUUCCCUCGCCUCACCUAUCGCCACAGGAUCCAACCACAGCUCCAGUCGUGCUCGAAAGAAGGUGGAGUGGUCCUCUCACACAGACUAUCGGGAAGCACCCCAAUAUCCUGAAGGCGCGAAGGCCUUCAAGUUUUCGCCAUUUUCAGCUUCGUCGUCAGCAACAUGCUCCAAACCUGUCAAGAGCAUCCUCAAGCCUUCUCCGUCUCCAAAUCCACUGGCUUCCUCCACGAGCGAGUUCCAUGGUUCUUCUCCGCUUAAUAUAAUUGAAAUGCUGGACUCGACUAUCAAGCAGCUGGCCGGCCCUGACCGGGACUCCAAGCUCGAUGCAUAUAUGAUGCUCUCCAGAGCCCUCAAGGCCUCCAACAACCUCCCGGAUCGCGUCGCUUUGCAGGACAAAAUGAGCCUGUUUAUGCAAUUUGUUCAGCGUGAUAUGACAGCAAAGUCGGAUCAUGGAAACCUGGACACUUCUUUGAUCAAUCAUUCUCUUACAUUACUCGCCACCUUUCUUCACUUCCCGGCCAUCGCGUCUACUCUCACCGCUGACUUCAGCAUUUUUGUCAUCGAUCACGCCAUCCGUUCCUUUGAAGACGACGCGAUGCCCAAGGAUGUGGCGCGGCAUCUUAUGCAAGUUGUGGCAUUCCAGAACUUUUCUGCUAAAGUCAUGACCUCGGAGAGAGUUGGUCGUCUUGUGACAGCGUUGCACAUGAUUGAACACCACUUGAAAGGGAAGAGCAUCGUUAUGAGCCGCCUACACAUAUACAAGCGACUGAUCAAACAGUCUAGAAACCACAUGGCUGUCCACCUUGAUUGGAUCAAGGAUAUGUUCACCGACAUGCUCAGUUUUGUCAAAGACAUUCGCUCACAAGCCAUCAGCUUGGGAAUGGAAGCCGGUUUCGAGUUGCGGUCCGAAAAGCAAUUGCUGCGAAAAGCGACUGAACUGUUUCAAGUAGCCAACGAUGGCGAAACAUACAUCGACUUCUAUAUAAAGAGACUGCAGGCAAUGAUCAAGGAAAAGAACUCUUGCCACUUCGUUCCCCAGAUCUGGAGCGUCGUCACUCUGUUUCUACGUUGUCCCCUGGACAGAUGGCAUCACUAUGGACCAUGGUUGACCCUAGUACAAUCUGCUUUCAACAUGACGGACAACGCCACGAAACAAGAAGCAAACUUUGCCUGGAACAGAUACAUCUAUCUCUCGCUUUCAGACAGCAGAGUCAGUCCCAAGUGCAUCGCGACAUUAUGUCAACCUCUCUUGAGCCAACUUCGCAGAAAAUCGAGCUUGAAGCAGCAAGAUGACGCUAUGAAACUGCGCCGGGUUGUCAUUGGCGGUAUAUGCAAUCUAUACUACUACGCAUUUACCCCUGGUGGUGACAAAUAUGAUAUAGAUGUCAUGUGGGAUGUCACCGUGCAACCAAUCAUCGGCCAACUGAUUUGUCUGGAUGGGAAACCUGACGUUACAGGAGAUGGCAUUAUGCAAGCAGCCAGGCUACUGGUUGGUCUCUUGGAUGUUGUCACACCGCGUAUCUGGAGGCAAGACCGCAUCGUGGAUCUGCCUCCGGUCAAACCGGACGAACUCCCUGCCAUCGAUUCGAAGUGGGUUCGAAGGAAUUGUAGCAAGGUGUUCAAACUGGUUGGACCUAUCAUUGGAAAGAAAUUUGUCGAUCUUGCGAAUAAAGAAAGCUUGAUCUACCGACUGUGGCAGGCAAUUGUGGGAUCUGUUACAGCUGCCUCUGCAAAAGAUAUCAAGGUUUCCGAGGAUACGGCCAAGUUUGUCGGCUGCGCGUUUGGUUUCCUCUCUUCAAUUUUUGCGAAACAGGACGCUGAACCCGAAUCUGCUUCACACAACUCAAAAUUCCUCUCCAGCGUCUCCAAUUUUGUACAUCUUCUCAUCGAUGGACUAGGACUUCUCCCAUUUACUGAGAAGAAACUUUCCAUGACGGUACUAAAUACCUUUGAGCCGGUUUCUACUCCGUCGCAGCGGAUGGACAGAUCAGAGAAACCCAGAGGGGUCAUACGUAUGCCCCUGCAUCACUUGUUCGUUAUGCUUGCUGCUGUCCCCGCUGGCUGCAGCGAUGAUGACGCUUUGGCCAGGUUCCUCCAGUCAAUUUUUGAGCCUUUCUUGAAAGGUAGAACUGCUAGAGGACGUCUUGAUUUGACAAAAGAGCUCUUGCAGCUGUUGCCUCGCAACGCUCUGUCGCCAUACGGGCCCUGGUUGCUGGCUGCAGAUUGUGCCAAAGCAUAUAUUGACAACCGUUCGCCCCUUAUCGCUGGAACUGUUCCGACUGCGGACAAAAUGAACGGUCCAGAGUUGCGGGAAAUUGUGUCCCUCAUAGAGCGUGGUCUCACUUCUCACCCAAAUCUACCUCCUCAGCUAUGGACUCCAUUGUUUGAUUCUGUUGCCACCCACGUCUCAAACGAUUUCGGUGACGCUGGCUGCUCUCUAGUCGUCAUAGAGCCUUUGGCUAAAGCGAUAUUCGAUAUGACGGGUGCAGCAGCUGAAGGCCCAUCCACUCUGAUCUGCCAAGCUGUUAUCUCACUCUUCAAACAUGCGAAACUGCCGCGAGACAGACAAGCCGUGGAAGCUGCCCGGUCAAGGCUCUGGGGAGCGCCUCCAACUCUGCCUAAGAUGACGUUUUUCGCACCAUUCGAUCAUCUCUACAAACUUGGAAAUCGCUUUUUGGUAGACUCAUAUGAUGAACACUUGGACGCCGAAUGGAGUGUGCGUGCUAUGCCGUUGCUCGAGGCGGUGGAUAUGUUCUUGGAAAAGAACUUGUCCCUCUUUGGAGUAGAGGUGCUGGGCAAACUACAGACUGGACUCGGCUUGUGGCUUCAAGACGAAAAAGCUCACCUUCAACAGGAGCAUGGUUCUUUGUUAACAUGUGUUUUUACGAUCUGGGACCAUGUUUGCUGCCAUCUCGCUGCUCAAAAACUGCUAAAAAGACAAGAUUUGGACGUUAUCGAACAAGUCCUCACGGCUGCCUUUAAGAGUACGCAUGCAACCAUCGUGAAUAGAACAGGCGUUAUGUGGAAUACCACCAUGAUGAAGGAUGAUGAAAAUAUUGAGUGCUCAGACCGCCUCAUGGCCGCCAUUUCUUCUGUGCGAUCCAAGAUUGAUAUUGUUGUGCCAGGUGUCAGCGGAGAUACUUCCCGCGGAAUACAGGCUCCCAAAGGAGGCCCGCCAAUCGGUGACGGUUUGGACGUUGUAUCGCCAUCGUCGUCUCAUCCUGAUGCCAGCAUUGCAACGUCAACCACUAGGUCAUCUACUUCCAGAAUGCCAAUGACUAAGAGGCGACGUCUAGAAAUGACGCCUGAGCUCCAUCAUACAAAGCUCACAAAACGAAUGAGCACUCCGCGCCGCCGGCAUGACGACUCUCAAAUCCAGUUCAAGCCAAUUGCGUCGUCACCUUUGCAUGAUGAGUCUCAGCACCUAACUGAACGCCAGAAGGAAGUCCGAGAAAGACAGCGUCAAAAUGCACUUUUAUACACAGAUGCCCAACCCAGUCUCUCUCCACCGUCAGCCGGCAAUCCGGGAGGGCCAAGUACACAAAGGAAUGCGCCUGCGGGUGGUAAGCUAGCACAGGAGAGCACUCCGAAACAUGGUAAAUCGUUCGAAGACCUCAUCAGCUCGACACCGACCCCCAGGCGUGGCCAGGUGUUUCAAAUGGACGACUUCAAUGACCCUCCAUCCUCGCCGCCUGCCCCUCGACCGUGCCCUCUUCUAUCUGAAAUACAAUCUCGGUCGAGGGCAGGAAGUGCCAUGGAGAGUUGGGAGUUUUCCUCGCCGCCCGGUUCUCCUGUUGAGAAUCUACAGAUCGAAGACGCAGAGCUGCGGCCCACAGGUUCUGCAGACGUAGAAGGCCCAAGAAAAUUGCGUCGCUCCUCGAAACGAAAAAGACGUACGGAAGCCGAGGCUUGCCAGUCUACCGACCAAACAGAUCCUAACAAGCGUGAAGACAAGGAUGUAUCGAGCUUCAAGAAAGCUGAAGAUCAGUCAUCCAAGCGUUCCUCGAGAGCACCUUCCACACCCGGAAAAGGUAUGGUUACACGAGCAAAAACAGCCCAAGCCAAUCCUAAGCUCGAGGUGGACUUAUCUACGGGAUCCAAAUCUCUGUCGUGCCGCCGCUCCUCACGGCGUGUGGAGGGCGGUAACAAGAUGACGGCGUCAAAAGUAGAUGGAACGUCAAAACCUGGAGCAGUUUCGGAUCUUCGGGUUGCGGCUCACAAGGGCGGAAAUACCUUGAAACCCGUUGAUGGUUCACAAUCGCCUGAUCACAAUCAGGGGGGCUUAAAGAUUCUACUUAGGUCUCAUAAGUCCAUUCUAGUUCACUCAGAUUCUACUUGUUCAUCACUCGAAAAGCCGGAAACUGCGACUAUUGAAACGCCAAUUCCAGUGAUACUAUCUACGGAGGAGCCUUCGGAGAAGACAGAAGCAACACCAUCUCGGAGGAAGAGAAAGAGGACUGGAAGACAUUCUGACAAGGGCCACAAAAGGCGGCGAUCUGUUGGCAAUGAAAUGGAAGAAGUGCCAGUCGGGCAACAGAAACAGUCCGAACUACCUCCACCGCAGACUUGUGACUGCAUGGAUAAGCCCGCUGAAGGCAUUCAGACCAGAAGCGGCCUUCGCAGGCAACAUUCACCUCGUCAUGAGUCAAGACAUAUUCGAAAAGAUGCCAAGCGUGGACCCAAGAACCCAAGGGAGAAUGUGGAUGGCGGUGAUACUGAUGAGGAAGUACAAUCUCAAUUGGCAAAAGAAUCUAGUGCGGCGUCACAGCAGAGUCACCCAGAUGGAGUUCGCCAAGUUGUAGCGGGCGAGGAGAUGGCAGAGGGGAGAGCCGAUGAAGAUGCGAUGGAGCUCGAAACAAAUUCCAAGUUUGGUCAAACCAUGAAAGAUUGGGUUGACACAAAGACGAGUGCAGAAACACCACUUGGAGAAGACACCUCCCCGACGAUUAUGGAAACUUUGCGGAGUGGGUUGGAUAAACUACGCAGCGCAUCCCUGAGCCGAGAGAAGGUCUAUGAAGUAGAAGACAUUUUGAUGGACAUGAAGCGUGAACUUUUUGAAGCCGAGAGGAGAGGGAGAGCCUCUGAUGGACCAGGAAGAGAAAAUCGACAGGUCAGUAAGACCACGAAAGGAGCAUAA